UCACAUGUUAAGUUGUUAGCCUAGCAGCAGAAUCAUUCCGGUUAGCGGAACGUAACGGCUGGGACUAUUCCCUGGAUUCAGAGAUAUUCCACCAAAAUUCCUUGUUUACAAAAUUGUUAUUUGAGUCCCACUUUCGGGUGUUGUCUCUUGGUGUAGUGUUUGCAGACUGGGUGGGUAACACGACUGUUUGUAAUGUAAUGCCAUUGCUCCUCUGUCACAGUUCCAGUAAUUAAAAUCAUAUCAUAUCACCAAAUAUCCCAAGUUAGCUUGCCACGCCAGUAUAUAGCCCCCCCGGCACGCCGUGCGGGCAGCAGAAGUGCUGGUGCUGUAGUCUUCCAUACAUUCUUACACAUGUACAAAGUGUUACGUCGGCGAUGGGGAUAAAUUGGGUUUAACACCUACACCGCUACAGGCGACAGUAACGGAUAAAGAGUUACAUAUCGGCGUAACGGGGACAUUUAUCGAAAAUCAACCGAUGGAAAUGAGAUGUUUAUACCCCGUGGAUUACUUCUCAUGCCUUUCGUAAUUGUGGAAUAAUUUUCAUCAUGUGCGCCUUGAAAUCAGACCUCGAUCACUGCUGCAGAGAUUCGGCGUCCUUACAUUUGGAUUUAUCAGGCAGAUUUUAAAGACCAGCAGCCACUACUGGGUGUGCAUUUCCACCUUUUUUUCUUUGUGCUUUCGGUAAAACAUUCACAAUGUAUCUACGCGUGUUGGAUAUGCUCAGAUACCUCUAAACGUUAGCGUGAAUUUGUGCGAAGAAAGCCCAAAGAAGGAAGUCCAGGGCGGGAUAGGUGCACUGAAGCUACCCGUUCCCAAAGAAACAUGGCCUCGGUUUGGAAGAGACUGCAACGUGUGGGGAAGCAUGCCUCAAAAUUCCAGUUUGUGGCUUCAUAUCAGGAACUGAUGGUGGAAUGCACAAAGAAAUGGCAACCGGACAAACUGGUGGUGGUUUGGACCCGCAGGAGUCGGCGGAAAUCCUCCAAGUCCCACAGCUGGCAGCCUGGCAUCAAAAAUCCCUACAGAGGAGUGGUGGUGUGGCCUGUACCAGAGAACAUUGAAAUCACCGUCACUCUUUUUAAGGACCCCCAUGCAGAGGAGUUUGAAGACAAAGAGUGGACAUUUGUUAUAGAAAAUGAGUCCCCAUCAGGGCGGAGGAAGGCCUUGGCCACCAGCAGUAUAAACAUGAAACAGUACGCCAGUCCGAUGCCCACCCAAACAGAUGUCAAACUCAAGUUUAAGCCCCUGUCAAAGAAGGUGGUGUCGGCCACGCUGCAGUUCUCCCUCUCCUGCAUCUUUCUCCGUGAGGGAAAGGCCACUGAUGAGGAUAUGCAAAGCCUGGCCAGCUUGAUGAGCAUGAAACAGGCUGACAUCGGCAAUCUGGACGACUUUGAGGAGGAGAAUGAGGAGGACGAGGAGAACAGGGUCAACCAGGAGGAGAAGGCUGCCAAGAUCACAGAGCUGAUCAACAAGCUGAACUUCCUUGAAGACGAGGAUCAGGAAGCGCCUCCUGCCAUGAGCACCAAUCCCUUCGAUGAGCCUGAAGAUGACCUUGAUCCUAACCACCUCAACCCAUUCGGUGAUCCUGAUGAGGAAGAACCUCUUGCCCAGCCGGUCUUAAGGCAGCGGGUUGAUGAUUCCUCCUAUGACCACGACUCCUCCAAUCCUUUCAAUGAGCCGGAUGAACCCAGGACACAAACACCUCCAGGAAACCCCUUCGAUGAGCCUAACCAGGACACGGACCUCCAGCCAGAUCAAGAACCCCCGAAGCCCAGACAGAGGAAAGGAGUGCGACCUGUUGACAUGAGCAAGUACUUGUAUGCUGACACCACUCACAACGAGGAAGAGGAGCUUGAUGAAUCCAACCCGUUCUACGAGCCAAGGACAUCGAGCCCUACGCGGCCCCCUGUUGGUGGCCCCUCACUUGAUGUGAGCAGCAGCCAGAAGAGGAGGGCUCCCCCGCCCCCAAGUUCCAGCCCUGGUCUUGGUCCCAGUUCGUCAGGUUCCAAACCCAGUUCUGUGCCAGACAGGGAGCCUACCCAGCCUGUCGGGCCCAGCCCAGUAGCAGCAGUGAUGGGCAGAGAGGUGGCCUCAUCUUCCCCUAAGCCCAGCCCCAUCCCGAGCCCAGUCCUGGGAGGGAAGCCCAACGCCAGCCAGUCUCUGCUGGCCUGGUGCCGCGAGGUCACCAAGAACUACCGCGGGGUGAAGAUCACCAACUUCACGACCUCAUGGAGGAAUGGACUGGCCUUCUGCGCCCUGCUGCACCACUUCAGGCCUGACAUCAUAGACUACAAGUCGCUCAAUCCUCAGGAUAUUAAAGAAAACAACAAAAAGGCAUAUGACGGCUUUGCGAGCCUGGGUAUUUCCCGCCUCCUGGAACCAUCAGAUAUGGUGCUGCUGGCCAUUCCUGACAAGCUAACAGUAAUGACUUACUUGUACCAGAUCCGGGCCCACUUCUCCGGUGAGGAACUCAACGUGGUGCAGAUCGAGGCCAACAGCAACCGCAGCACCUACAAGGUGGGCGACUUUGAAACCGACACAAAUGCCUCCAUAGACCAGGACAAGUUCUAUGCUGAACUCAAUGACGUGCAGCACCGCCAGGCUACCUCUCAGCCUGUUGCUUCUGCUGGCGGUGAGUCUAAUGGCACUAAAGCUCCUGAGGAAGAGGCGGAGUCCUGUUGGAAGGCCGAAGUAGGAGCGGCUAGCUUGCCAGCAGCAAGACCUGUACAGUCCACUCCUCCUGUCCCAUCACCACGCACAGCAUUAACCACCUCAGCAACAGACUCAACCCACUUGACAGCAUCAAGCUCUGAGGACAGAGGGAAUCUGCUCAAAGCCAACACUGUAGACCUCAGCGACUUGCCACAGAGAAUGGAUAGAGAGAUGGAGAAGGAAAGACAACAGAAGGAUGAGGUGGGAGAAGAAAGGAGGGAGGGAAGUACAGAACCUGGGUCCCCCACCCGGAAAGGGACCUCCUCCUCCUCCCCAUCCCACCAGAAACUGGGCUUCUCCUACAACAGGGAUGCUGACCUCAUCAAGAAGAAAAGAGCCAGCCUGCGUCACUCGGAGUCUGAGCCCGCCUCAGACGCCAGCUCCCCUCCAGUCAACCACACAGACACACCUCCUAAACAGGUUAACACCCAGACCAAUAACAGCAUUAAGGAGCAAACACCUGCCCCUGUAUCAAGUCCCCCAGCUGAGAGGAGAGUGCUGUCUCGUCAGGAGGAGCUGAAAGAGAGAGCCAGACUCCUCCUGGAGCAGGCCCGCAGAGACGCUGCAAUGAAGGCCGGCAACAAGAACAUCCCCAACUCUGCCGUCAGUGCACCAAACAGAGCCGCAAACGUCUGUGAUGAGCGGGAUGCAGAGCGGCGGAGACAGCUGAGAGAGCGAGCCAGGCAGCUGAUAGCUGAGGCUCGAUCCGGAGUCAAGAUGUCUGACAUGAGCCUGCUGGAUGCAUCCAGCACAGAGAGAGGAAAGGGCAGCAAGGCCAGUCCUGCUGGAGAUGUUUUGGAUGGAGUGAGAGGCCAUCAUGAGGAUGAUGCUGUUGAUGGUGAAAGGGGUGAGGAUGAGGAAGAGGGAAGGGCUGAGGAAGAGCAGCUCCAUUUCGGUGGUGGUGAUGAUGAUGAUACUGUUGCUGCUGCCCCAUCUGCAUCUGCACUGGUUACUAACCCACGGCUGCUAGAAGCCCCUCUUGCAGCCACCUCCAGCACUUUGGGGCCCCUGGAGCUUACUAACCCCGGCUCUGAACUAACUUCUCUGGGUACAAAUAGUAAGCAUGUGGAUUUGAAGCUGAAGAAGCUGGUGGAAGUCAGCCCAAGAAGAGUCACCUCCCCUUCAUCCCCAUCCUCCACCUCGACCUCCUCCUCACCCACUGCCUCCUCCACCUCCCCACUCAGCCCUGCAGAAGGACUGGAGAAUAAUGCUGAGGAGUUGCGAGCAGAGCGGCUGCGCAGAGCGACGGAGAGGUUGCGUAACCCGGUAGUCUUCAACAAGGAUUCCACAGUCAGGAAAACACAGCUGAAGUCCUUCAGCCAGUAUGUGGAAAAUAGACCAGAGGUGAAAAGACAGAAGUCUGUUCCUGAGGAACUGAGGAAGGCCGAGGAAGGCGGGAGUUCGCCGACGGAGCUCGAUAUUCGCAGACCAUUUGAGGAGGAGAAGGCGUUCAAAGACACCAGUCAGUAUGUGGUUGGGGAGCUGUCUGCACUGGAGAGCGAGCAGAGGCACAUAGACGCCCGAGCAGCUCGCGUGGAGAAGAGGCUGCGCUAUCUCAUGGACACAGGCAACAACAAAGAGGAAGAGGAGGCCAUGAUGCAGGAGUGGUUCAUGUUGGUCAACAAGAAGAACGCGCUCAUCAGAAGACAGAACCAGCUCUCUCUGCUGGAGAAAGAGCACGAUCUGGAGAGACGCUUCGAACUGCUGAACAGAGAGCUGAGAGCCAUGCUGGCCAUUGAGGACUGGCAGAAGACGGAGGCCCAGAAGCGACGAGAGCAGCUGCUGCUGGACGAGCUGGUCAUACUGGUCAACAAGCGAGACGCGCUGGUCAGGGACCUGGAUGCCCAGGAGAAACAGGCCGAGGAGGAGGACGAGCACCUGGAGAGGACGCUGGAGCAGAACAAAGGAAAGAUGGCCAAGAAAGAGGAGAAGUGUGUGCUUCAAUGAUUGUGAUCUCGGAAAAAAACAAAACAAAACAAAAAACACAACCGACAAAUGUAGCCGAUGAAAGAAAUGUAUCGUCAUUCUUCUUAUUGUUUGGUAGCGGCUUUCUCAGACGUUCCCGUCAGUCCUUCGAACCCUGACGUGGUCGUGGUUUCGGUCAAAUUCAACGCAGACACUCGGCUGAAUUAAGAGGCCUUGCGAUGCCUUUGCACCAACUUUAUACCGACUCAAACUGUCCCACGUACACACAACACUUUUUAUUUGAAUUCUCCUUUUGCUUUACCACGGACGGUACUUUGUAUGUGACAUAAAGACAAGAGACCCUGUGGGAUGGUGUGAUGUCUGCAUGUGAUGCAGCAGCAGCAGCAGCAGCAGCAGCAGCAGCAGCAGCAGCCCUCUCUGUCUGAACGUGGACACCAGUGGGUUUGAGGUACAGCACAAGUGGGUUUAAUGGGUGGGAUUUUUUUUUCUUUUUCUUUUCCAUCAUGAUGAGAAGAUGAGAUGAUGACGGGGAGUCGAUGUUUCAGCUGGACUUUUUAAAGGAAGAAGUCGCUGUGAUAUCAGUCUUUUAAAGCUAUGUCCUUACUUGACUGUGUCUUUUAAUUAUUUCACUUUAAAGUUUUUAACUUGUAAAAUAUCUUAAUGGGAGGGCGGGACGCGUUACUCUUCAUAAAUCUUAACUUUCCUAUUGCUUUUUUUUUUAUUGUCUUGGCUUGAAAGCAGUUUACCAAAAGAAAAAAAAUCUCAUGUUGUAUGUUUUCAUCACUGCUCUGACCAAUAGCUUCCAAAAUCCUUUAUUUUGUGUGUGUGUGUGUGUGUGUGUGUGUCAGGAUUCAUGCAGUCAGAAACAAAAAUAUAUACAUAUAUAUAUUAUUUAUUGCCGUUUGUCCUUUUGAAGCUGCUUGUAAGUGAAUCUACCAUCACGUUUAAUUUCAUGUGCAUUUUUGCUCAACGACUUUUUGGUUUCUAUUUAUUGUAUUCUGAAGAAGAGAAAUAUGCUUCCGCGGGCACCACUUAGAGCUCCACAUCUGGUGCAGAUGUCCUUCACGUGUUGAACAUUUAUCUGUUUAUUUAUUCCAGUGUCAUAACCCAAGUCAUUAAAAAAUAAAUAAAUAAAAUAAAAUAAAGUC